AUGAGCAACGAAUCGCUUCUUACUCCUUCUCCGCUUAUACCCGAAUCUCGACCGGAAAUUAUUCAAUCGCUAAUCGAUGGUGUAGAUCGGUAUAAUCCCGACAACGUUUCGAUCCUAGAAGAAUACCUUGCCGUACAAUUGCAAGUCGGAGAAUAUGACUUGAUGGCUAACUUGGCGAUUUUGAAAUUAUAUCAAUUCAACCCUCACUUGGUCAAUGAUGCUGUUGUCAUCAACAUUCUCGUCAAAGCUCUCACUGCCAUACCGAAUCCCGACUUCAAUUUGUGUCUAUAUUUACUUCACGAAUCGGCUCUUGUCGAUGAGAAUGUGGCGAGACUAAUUGAGUUGCAGCAAUAUUUGGAACAAGCAAGGUAUCAAGAAUUUUGGAAAGCCUACGAGUUAGACGAAACCUACAAAGAUCUUACGGUCGAGGCGGUAGGAUUUGAAGAUGCAAUACGUAAAGUAAUAUUGACAGCAAUCUCUAUGACAUACCAAAAUAUUUCGGCAGAUCUAUUGGGUGCCUAUCUUAACCUUGACCAUGAGCUAACGAAAGUUAUUGGCUACUCAAACGAAUUAUAA